UGAAUGUAAAACUUUGCUUGAUUCAUUUCAUCAACGUAUUAAUUAUCAUCAGAAACGUUGUAAACGCAUUGAAAAUUUACAAGAACUUCUUCUUUCAUCCAUAUUAACUGAAAAAUUUCUAGAAAUGAUUUCAGACUUAGUGCCACCUAAUCAUUUACAUAUUCUCGAUCCAAUUAUUGAAAAAUAUUCUAUAUUUUUAACAACAAUUAUUAUAAGAAUUAUUUCAAAUAAAGAACGUUUUGAGAACGUCAAUGAAAUUUUAUUAUCCAAUACGGAUUAUUAUUUAUCAACAGAAGAAGUUCUUAAAAUUUGUGCUUAUGAACAAAUAUUAGAUACAAAUGAUCAAUCUCAUCAUCAACAAAAUCAUCAAUUGAUAUGA